AUGGAGCCCAGUAUGGAGUACUGCUUAGCGCAGGUACUGCAAAAGGAUGUUGGAAAGAGACUUCAGGUUGGCCAGGAACUGAUAGAUUAUUUCUCAGAUAAACAGAAGUCGGCUGACCUUGAACACGAUCAGACCAUGCUAGAUAAAAUGGUUGAUGGUCUGGCCACUUCCUGGGUAAAUUCCAGCAAUUAUAAGGUGGUUCUCCUGGGAAUUGACAUCCUUUCUGCCCUUGUGUCCCGCUUGCAAGAUCGCUUCAAGGCUCAGAUUGGCACAGUGCUGCCAAGUUUACUUGAUAGACUGGGGGACUCUAAAGACUCAGUGAGGGAGCAAGAUCAGACCUUGCUGCUGAAAAUCAUGGAACAAGCUGCUAACCCUCAGUACGUGUGGGACAGGAUGCUAGGAGGAUUCAAACACAAGAAUUUCCGAACAAGAGAAGGGAUUUGCCUCUGCCUUAUUGCAACACUCAAUGUAUCUGGAGCUCAGAGUUUAACACUGAGUAAGAUAGUGCCACAUAUAUGUAACUUACUUGGAGAUCCAAACAGCCAGGUUCGAGACGCAGCAAUAAACAGCCUUGUUGAAAUUUACAGACGCGUUGGUGAACGUGUAAGGGCUGACCUCAGUAAAAAAGGACUACCCCAAUCUCGGUUGAAUGUAAUUUUUACAAAAUUCGACGAGGUCCAAAAGUCUGGAAACAUGAUCCAGAAUUCAAGUGAUAAAAUUUUUGAUGAUGAAGACUCCGUGGAUGGAAACAGACCUUCCUCGGCUAGCUCCUCUACAUCUUCAAAGGCCCCUGCAAACUCCCGCAGAGUUGGGAUGGGGACUACCCGCAGACUUGGACCUGCAGCUCUGGGCUCCAAGUCUUCAACAGCCAAAGAGGGAGCAGGUGCUGUGGAUGAAGAAGACUUCAUUAAGGCAUUUGAAGAUGUCCCAACAGUUCAGAUUUAUUCCAGCCGGGAUCUUGAGGAAUCCAUAAACAAAAUAAGAGAGAUACUAUCAGAUGAUAAGCAUGACUGGGAGCAGAGAGUUUCGGCAUUAAAAAAGAUCCGGUCCCUACUUUUGGCUGGAGCUGCAGAAUAUGAUAACUUCUUUCAACACUUAAGACUCUUGGAUGGAGCAUUUAAAUUAUCCGCUAAAGACCUCCGGUCACAAGUAGUACGAGAGGCUUGUAUCACAUUAGGACAUUUGUCAUCAGUUCUGGGAAACAAGUUUGACCAUGGGGCAGAAGCCAUCAUGCCAACAAUUUUUAAUCUAAUUCCAAAUAGUGCCAAAGUUAUGGCCACUUCUGGUGUUGUAGCAGUUAGAUUGAUCAUUCGACAUACGCACAUCCCUCGAUUAAUACCCAUCAUAACCAGUAAUUGUACCUCCAAGUCUGUUGCAGUUAGAAGGCGCUGUUUUGAAUUUUUAGAUUUACUGUUGCAGGAGUGGCAAACACAUUCUCUAGAAAGACACAUAUCGGUGUUAGCUGAAACGAUAAAGAAGGGAAUUCAUGAUGCAGACUCUGAAGCCAGGAUAGAGGCAAGAAAAUGUUACUGGGGUUUCCACAGUCACUUCAGCCGGGAGGCAGAGCAUCUGUACCACACCUUGGAGUCUUCUUACCAAAAGGCCCUGCAGUCGCAUUUGAAGAACUCUGACAGCAUUGUGUCCUUGCCACAGUCGGAUCGCUCUUCUUCCAGCUCCCAGGAGAGUCUCAACCGUCCGUUGUCUGCCAAAAGAAGUCCUACUGGAAGUACUACGUCUAGAGCAUCUACAGUAAGUACAAAAUCUGUGUCAACACCAGGAUCUCUGCAGCGAUCCCGCAGUGACGUCGAUGUGAAUGCAGCAGCUAGUGCCAAGUCAAAAGUGACGUCUUCUGGAGCAUCUACCCCCUUCAGUUCUGCUGCAGCCUUGCCCCCAGGCUCAUACGCAUCACUAGGUCGGAUUCGUACAAGGCGACAGAGCUCUGGCAGUGCCACAAGCGUCACCUCAACGCCUGCUGAUACCCGAGGCCGCAGCCGGGCUAAAGUAGUUUCCCAGUCCCAGCGAUCCAGAUCAGCUAAUCCUGCUGGUGCUGGUAGCCGAUCCAGUUCUCCGGGUAAGCUGUUAGGAAGCGCCUAUGGUGGCUUGAGCGGUGGAACAUCCAGAGUCCAGCAGGUGCCAUCAUCUUCAGAGAAGCGCAGCAAGAUCCCUCGGAGCCAGGGAUGCAGUCGAGAGACGAGUCCCAGCAGAAUAGGACUAGCACGGAGCAGUCGUAUCCCCCGACCCAGCAUGAGUCAGGGGUGCAGCCGUGAUACCAGCCGUGAGAGCAGUCGAGAUACAAGCCCUGCUCGGGGCUUUCCUCCACUUGCUUCUCGACGUCAUUCCAGGUCCACUAGUGCUCUCUCCACUGCUGAUUCUGUUGGGCAGUCAGACCGGUUUGGACUCGGACAGCCAGGCAGGAUGCCUGCUUCUGUGAAUGCCAUGCGAGUCCUGAGCACAAGCACAGAUCUGGAGGCUGCUGUGGCUGAUGCACUGAAAAAGCCAGCCAGAAGAAGAUAUGAACCCUAUGGGAUGUACUCUGAUGAUGACGCUAACAGCGAUGCAUCCAGCGCUUGCUCGGAGCGCUCUUAUGGUUCCCGGAAUGGGGGCAUUCCACACUACCUGCGGCAGACUGAAGAUGUGGCUGAGGUCCUGAACCACUGUGCCAGUUCCAACUGGUCUGAAAGGAAAGAGGGACUCAUAGGUCUUCAAAACUUACUGAAAAGCCAGCGGACUCUGAGCCGAGUCGAGUUGAAAAGGCUAUGUGAAAUAUUUACUCGCAUGUUUGCUGACCCUCACAGCAAGAGAGUCUUCAGCAUGUUUCUGGAAACCCUGGUUGAUUUCAUCAUCAUUCAUAAAGAUGACUUGCAGGAUUGGCUUUUUGUUCUCCUGACCCAGUUGCUAAAGAAGAUGGGAGCAGACUUGCUGGGGUCUGUGCAGGCAAAAGUUCAGAAAGCUCUGGAUGUCACCAGGGAUUCUUUCCCAUUUGAUCAGCAGUUCAACAUUUUGAUGAGGUUUAUUGUAGAUCAGACCCAAACACCAAACUUGAAGGUUAAAGUUGCUAUCCUGAAGUAUAUUGAGUCCUUGGCAAGACAGAUGGAUCCAACAGACUUUGUGAACUCCAGCGAGACAAGACUUGCUGUGUCUAGAAUUAUAACUUGGACAACAGAACCAAAGAGCUCAGAUGUGAGAAAGGCAGCACAAAUAGUCCUGAUUUCUCUCUUUGAAUUGAACACUCCUGAAUUUACCAUGUUACUUGGUGCCUUGCCAAAAACAUUCCAGGAUGGUGCUACCAAGCUCCUGCAUAACCACCUCAAGAACUCAAGUAACACCAGUGUGGGUUCCCCCAGCAAUACCCUUGGUCGGACUCCUUCCCGGCACUCCGGCAGCAGAACCAGCCCCUUAACUUCACCUACUAACUGUUCCCAUGGUGGACUGUCUCCAAGUCGGUUCUGGGGUUGGAGUGCAGAUGGGCUGUCGAAGCACCCCCCUCCCCUUUCUCAGCCUAACUCCAUCCCCACUGCUCCUUCCCACAAGACUUUCAGACGCUCUUACUCUCCCAGUAUGCUGGAUUAUGACACGGAGAACCUAAAUUCUGAUGAAAUCUACAGCUCUCUUCGUGGAGUCACAGAGGCGAUUGAAAAAUUUAGUUUCCGUAGUCAAGAGGACCUGAAUGAGCCAAUCAAACGUGAUGGAAAGAAAGACUGCGACAUUGUGUCUCGAGACGGUGGCCUUGCUGUGCCUGCCAGUGAUGUCCGUGGAAGCAGUGACAUUGUGGAAGGUGGAAGGAUGGCUCUAGAUAACAAAACCUCACUUCUUAACACCCAGCCUCCCCGCACCUUUUCAGGGCCUCGUGCUCGAGACUAUAACCCUUAUCCUUAUGCUGACACAAUUAACGCUUAUGAUAAGACUGCCCUGAAGGAAGCAGUGUUUGAUGAUGACAUGGAUCAGCUUCGGGAUGUACCCAUUGACCAUUCAGAUUUGGUGGCUGAUCUUCUGAAAGAGCUUUCCAACCAUAAUGAGCGGGUGGAGGAACGGAAAGGAGCUCUCCUUGAACUGCUAAAGAUCACAAGGGAAGAUAAUCUUGGAGUUUGGGAGGAACAUUUCAAAACCAUUCUGCUCUUGCUGCUGGAAACACUUGGAGACAAAGAUCAUUCAAUAAGAGCCCUGGCGCUGCGAGUGCUGCGAGAGAUCUUGCGGAACCAGCCAGCGAGGUUUAAGAACUAUGCGGAGUUGACUAUCAUGAAAACACUGGAAGCACAUAAGGAUUCCCACAAGGAGGUUGUCAGAGCUGCUGAAGAAGCUGCUUCCACUCUGGCGAGUUCCAUCCACCCUGAGCAAUGCAUCAAGGUGCUUUGCCCCAUCAUUCAGACUGCAGACUAUCCAAUUAACUUAGCUGCCAUCAAAAUGCAGACAAAAGUCAUCGAGAGGAUUUCCAAGGAAUCACUGCAUCAACUCCUUCCUGAUAUCAUCCCUGGGUUGUUACAGGGUUAUGAUAACACAGAGAGCAGUGUCCGUAAAGCCAGUGUGUUUUGCCUAGUGGCAAUUUAUUCAGUAAUUGGAGAAGAACUGAAACCUCAUCUCGCACAACUCACGGGAAGCAAGAUGAAGCUACUAAACUUGUACAUAAAGAGGGCCCAGACCACUAACAGCAACAGCAGUUCUUCUUCAGAUGUUUCAACGCACAGUUAA